AGAUCUUCUCUUUUCAAAAACCAUUUGUGUAAAAUGAAAAGUCACUGAAAAUAUUUUCUUUCUACUUACAUGCUGGUAAAUGUGUAGUAUUGUGCAAUAUCUCUCUCUCUCAAAUGUGAAAGGUUGUUUAAGAUACUUUUGAUGUUUAUCUUUGUCCUUCUCUUCGUUGGUUGUGCACUUUUUAAAUAACUUUUGAUCUCUGUCUAUGCAUGUGUGUGUGUGUGUAUGCAUGUGUAUGUAUGGGUAUGUAUAUACAUGAGUAUAUAUAUGUUUAUAUGUAUAUUUAUGUAUAUAUGUAUAUGUUUGUGUAUGAGGUAUAUAUGUAUGUGGGUAAUUGUACAUAUGUGCAUGUUUACAUAUAUGUACUUAUAUAUUUUUUCUGCUUUAAAUUGUUGCCUAUGAGCUCUGCACAAGAAUUCCAACGUGACUGGACAAAUGGCAAAUAAAUAAAACUAAUAUUGUUUGAAGGAACAAAAUAUAUCUUGGAAAUAAUUGAUUUGAGUUGGGGCCUAAUGAUAAUCUGUUUCUAAUGUCCCAAUAUUAGACUGUGUUUGUCUAUAUUGUAAGUAAUAUAUAUAUAGUAAUAUUGCACAAUGUUUCAAACGUGUCUCCGGCAAUCAUAUUUUCGCACCAUUGUAUAUUUUAUAUAACAUAAUCUGUGUAUGUGUGUUAAUGGUUGGGUCGUACAGAUGUUUAACUAGUGUUAUUCCUUUACAAUGUUACGAUUAAUGGGGCUGUGGGGACUUCCCCGUUGUCUCUGUCCAGGGUUCUGAAAGGUAUUAGUGCUUGGAAUGUCUUAAAAUAUCUUUGUUAAAUCACAUACCUUAUUUGAAACUGGCUUUUGCCGACUCACUCUCACUUUCCUGUAUGUGAAGCAUUCUUGUUCACAUUUCAUCUUCGAAACUGAACUCUUUUUUUACUGAUGACUGCUGUAAAUAAGUUUUUCUAUUGCUGUGGAACAAAUGUUAAGAGGGAUACUUUAUAUUGAGUGCAAUACAUACUUCUAAACUCUAAGUGCCGCUGUUGUCCAGUGUUUGUGGUUAAGAUGUAAAUUGGUAGCAGCCCCUCCCAGCUAUCUGAACAUUUUAUGUACGCAACACUCAGGGUUGAGAUGAAACACGCCUGGACGAGUACAAAUAUCGAUUUUUAAAGGACAUGCUUUAAACAUUUUUGUUUGUAUCACAAUUUUCUGUGAAUCUUUUUUUUAUCGAAUAUAGCACGCUUCCUCUCUUGACUGUCUGCCUAUUCCACUGGAUCUUUUUUAAAGUGUCGCAGAGGAAGAAAUCGAAAAGAACAAUGGCGCGGCAAGUACUGCUGUUUGUGUAUCUCCUCUCUCUCAGUUCAGUGCGCGGACAGGUCAGUUACUCCAUUCCUGAAGAAAUGCCGAAAGGAUCUUUAGUCGGUAACAUAGCGCAAGAUUUAGGUUUAGAUUUAAAGAGACUGAAAUCAGGUAAAGCUCGUAUUUAUACAGGAGACAGCGCUGAAUACAUCGAGCUGAAUAAAGAGAGGGGACUCCUCCUUAUUAAAGAGAGAAUAGACAGAGAAGCUCUGUGUGGACAGACAAUGCCGUGCGCUCUACAUUUUCAGAUUAUUUUAGAGAAUCCGAUGGAAUUGUUCAGAGUUACUAUUGAAAUAACCGACAUUAAUGAUAAUUCACCAGUCUUCGAGAAAUCAGAAAUUAAAUUUCGUAUAAGUGAGUCAGCAGUGAUUGGUAGUAAAUUUGCGCUGGAAAGGGCUAUGGACCCAGAUGUCGGUGUGAACGACCUUCAGAGCUAUGCUCUUAGUCCUAAAGAAAAUUUCAAUCUGAAAAUUAAAAAUCAACCUGAUGGGACUAAACUGAUUGAAAUGGUUUUACAAACAGCGCUUGACAGAGAAAAACGGGACGAGAUUUAUUUAAUUCUGACUGCCGUAGAUGGUGGUGACCCCAAAUUAUCCGGUACUGCUCAAAUCUAUGUAACAGUGUUGGAUGUAAAUGACAACGCGCCUAUUUUUUCACAGCCUCUCUAUAAAUCCACAGUGAACGAAAAUGCUCUUAAAGGAACAAUCCUCGGUCAAGUGAGCGCCUCAGAUGCUGAUCGCGAUGGUAACGGUGAUAUCAUUUAUAGCAUAACCAAUACAAUGGACAAUGUACGUGAUAUAUUUGACGUAAAUGCAAACAAUGGAGAGAUAAUGGUAAGAGGACAAAUUGAUUUUGAAAAGGCUCGUCACUAUGAAAUACAUAUUCAAGCUACUGAUGAGGGUGGGCUCACAGACUCGUGUAAAAUGCUAGUUGACGUUUUAGAUGUGAAUGAUAAUAUUCCAUCAGUCAAUGUGCUUUCGAUGUCCAAAACAAUAAUUGAAAAUUCUAAACCAGGUACAGUUGUGGCUAUGUUGAAUAUUCAGGAUCCUGAUUCAGAACAAAAUGGACAAAUUACUUGUUCAAUUAACGAUAAUCUUCCUCUAGCAUUGAAAUCAGCAUCUGAUCAUUUUUAUAGCCUUGUCACAGACACCGACUUAGACCGAGAAAGAGAGUCUGGGUAUAAUAUCAGUAUCAUGUGCUCUGAUGAGGGGUCUCCGUCUCUCUCCAGCAGCGUCACUCUCACCUUACAGAUAUCAGACGUUAAUGAUAACGCUCCUGUUUUUGAGAGGAGCUCAUAUGUGGCCUCUAUUUCAGAAAAUAACACACCAGGUCUCUCCAUAAUCAGAGUCAAAGCCAGAGACGCAGACUGGAACCAGAAUGCGCGUGUUUCUUACAUUCUGCAGGACUCGUCCGUAAACGGUGUUUCUGUCUCCUCUUAUGUUUCUGUCAGUGCUGAUAGUGGCAUUAUCCACGCAGUGCGUUCUUUUGACUACGAGCAAAUCAAGGAUUUUCAAUUUCGCGUAAUAGCUCAAGAUGGAGGCUCCCCUCCUCUCAGCAGCAAUGUGAGUGUGAAGAUAGUAAUUCAGGACCAGAACGACAACGCGCCUCAGGUUCUGUAUCCAGUGCAGACUGGGAGCUCUUUGGUGGCUGAAAUUGUGCCUCGUUCAGCAGAGGUGGGAUAUCUCGUGACCAAAGUGGUGGCUGUUGAUGUGGACUCUGGACAGAAUGCCUGGCUCUCAUAUAAACUGCAGAAAGCUACAGACAGGGCGCUGUUUGAAGUGGGCUUACAGAAUGGAGAAAUAAGAACUGUGCGCCAGGUGACCGAUAAAGAUGCUGUGAAGCAGAAGCUCACUGUUGUAGUGGAGGACAACGGACAUCCCUCUCGUUCAGCUACAGUCAAUAUUAACGUGGCGGUGGCGGACAGUUUCCCUGAAGUGCUCUCGGAGUUCACUGACUUUACGCACGACAACGACAACCUGACUUUUUACCUGGUCUUGGCCAUGGCUGUAGUGUCCUUUCUCUUCAUCGUGUCCAUCAUAGCCAUACUGUCAGUCAAAUGCUACAGAUGGAGACGUGAGAGGAUUUUUCACAAAUCCGGUGCCAAUCUGCCAGUUAUUCCAUAUUAUCCACCCUUUUACGCAGACGUAGGGGGUACAGGAACUUUACAGCACGUGUAUAAUUAUGAGGUCUGCAGGACGACUGACUCAAGAAAUAGUGAUAUGAAACAUGCCAGACCUUCCAGUGACAGCAUCAUUAGUUUGGACACCAGUGGAACUCACACUCUCACGCAUGUGCAGAGGGAAAAAAUGGUCCACGGUUAUCCCGACACACAGGUGAGGUUUAAAUUAAGUGACAAGAAAGCAUGUCCUAUCACUUUAUGUUACAGGUUAUAAUUCUACGCCACAUUUUACCUUCGUUUUAUUGU